CGUGCGGUGGCGCGUGUCAGGUGAGCGCAGUGCUACGCGGACCGUCAACCCUUGUGCACGCGAGAACAGAGGGUGCGCGAGCAACGGUGGCGCCUCGGCCGUCACUUCGAUUUCUGUUGGUGUGUUUCACUCACGCGAUUUUCACGUAGUAGUCGCACGUACACACAGACCGUUUGAUCCGUCGAUUAGGCGUACGCGUGUGUCUCUCGUGUGUGCAGUGUCGCGGUUUCUCUCCGGAGAAAAAAAGGACGACUCUGAGACAACAUAAGACUUCCCUCUCGAUCUCAGGAAUCGGGCGCGAGUGUCAGUUCUGUCGAGUGCGUCUGGUUUUUGCGAUGAACGGCAACGCCAGGAACGACAGCGACACCGACGCAACGUCGUUGGGCGCGGACAUCCUCAACCCUUUUGUGCAUCGGUUGGAGCUCGGCUCAACCUAUGAGAAGCUCAAGACGAUAUUCCUGACAAUCGCUUUGCUGCCGUUCAGGUUAGCUGCCAUCACGACUUUGAUGAUCAUGGCAUGGUUAUUGGCUUGUCUGGGUCUUCUUGGAUUAUCUGAGGAGGAUCUUCGGCGAGCUCCUCUCAAAGGAUGGAGACGAGACAUGCGCAUCGUGAUCUGCUGGAUGAUGCGGGCAUUAUUUCUCUGCGGUGGAUUCCAUCAUCUGAAGGUCAAGGGCCGGAAGGCGGAGACUAAGGACGCGCCGGUGCUGGCUCUCGCCCCGCAUUCCAGCUUCUUCGAUGCACUUCCGGUCGUGUACCUCGGCGGACCGAGCAUCGUUGCCAAAGGGGAGAGUAGACGCCUCCCUUUCUUCGGAAAGCUCAUCAACUAUACGCAGCCGGUAUAUGUGUGGAGAGACGAUCCCAAUUCCCGACAGAAUACUAUUAAGGAGAUCAUCGAAAGAACUACUUCCAAGGAGGAUUGGCCGCAGGUUAUGAUAUUUCCCGAGGGAACUUGUACAAACCGGUCAUGCUUGAUCACGUUCAAAUCGGGCGCAUUUUAUCCAGGCGUGCCCGUGCAACCGGUGUGUAUCAGGUAUCCCAACAAGCUGGACACGGUAACAUGGACUUGGGAAGGUCCUGGCGCAUUGAAGCUAUUAUGGUUGACAUUGACGCAAUUAAAUAGCAGCUGCGAGAUCGAGUUCCUUCCUGUAUAUAAUCCGAGUGAAGCGGAGAAGAUGGAUCCCAAAUUGUACGCGAACAACGUGCGACGUCUUAUGGCUGAAGCUCUGAAAAUUCCUGUGUCGGAUUACACGUACGAUGACUGUCGGAUAAUUCAAAAGGCUCAUCAGCUGCAUCUCCCGUAUGCGUCCAGUAUUGUGAAAACUCAUAAACUUCGGUGCAAACUGGGUUUAGUGGCAUCGAAAACGGAAGAAGAGCUCAUUCAGAAGAAGAUGAAUAAUUUCGAUGAUGUGAACUUGCAGGAAUUUGCACAGAUUCUAAGAUUAGACGAGAAGGAUCCAGCUACACAACAACUGUUUCGUAUUCACGACAGGCUGGGGCAAGGAAAGAUCGAUCUUCAAGAAUAUAUCUUCACUGUGUUAGCCACUGCAAAUGCGUCUUCGGAAUUAGAUAAGGUCGAAAUUGCGUUCAAUGUUUGCGGUUCGAAGACAACGUUGUGCUUAACUCAAUCAGAACUUAGGAAAGCACUGAGGUUAUCGCUACAUAUACAAUCAGAAGAAUCCAACAAGAUUUUUCAGCAGGCUAGAAACGAUGGGGACGAUGUGAGCUUCGACGACGUCUUGACACAAUUGUCGAACCGUGCAGAGUAUACGCAUUUGUUUGCUGCGAACAACGAAAAUUCGAAGAAGGCUAUUUGAAAGUGUCUUUUGGAGCCCGACGUUCUAUCUAGAGAACAUCGAGGCAGACCCUUUCACAAUCCGAUCUGCUCCAUCCCCGUAUGAGAAACGCAUCCGAUGCUUCAAGGAUCUAAUGCGAAACUAUUUUAUUGUUGACGGAAGUUGCAGUCGCGCGAGAACUUAGACAACUAGCUUAUCUUUCCUAUAAUCCUGUAAAUUAGAGCAAGUUAAGAAUUUAGCAAUAGGAACUUAAAUUCUGAGAUCCAAGGAUUCUAAAUCAUCCUAGAUUUGAUAAAUUACAUAGUAUUUAGUUACGAUAAUUUUAGAAUCUCAGACGAUAUACGAAAAUCUAAAGAUACACAAAUCCUAGAUACUCGAGAAUUUGAAGUUCGAAAAUUCCUAAACGUCGUAAAUCCUAAGAAUUCAGGGUCAUUAGCACUUAAAAAGUUUGGAAAUUUGAAAACCUAAGAAACUGAGGAAAAAAACUAUCUCAAAGUGCAUUGGAAGGAAAAUUCAAAAGUUAAAAAACACGAAAAUUCCAGGAUUCUGAUGACGUAUUCUAAAUUGUGGAUCUACUAAUGUACGUAGAAUCCUCAGAGAAAAAGAGUGAUUUUGUCAGGUGUUGUAUAGGACAAAACUAGUUGAACUAGUUGAAUCUCAGUCAGAAUCCAGUCACAAAACUUCCCGUAGCUCGAGAGGAUUUAAGUAUCCACGACGUGUAAAGCUUGGAUGUAUAUUUAGAGAAAAAAAGAUGAGCAGGUAAUUACAUAAUUUAUUUUUUGGCUCGAUAGUUUGAUGACGACGCGAGAUUCAAUACACAUGUACAAACAUGCAGUCAUACACACACGGAGAUACACAUGUAUGAUAAGUUGCAUACAUACUUGUUGCACACCAUGAACUGGCACGCAUAUAGGCACACGUAAUAUAUACACACAUAGAUAUAUAUUUAAGAGGAACGCAGCAAGAUUGUGCAAAUCGAUCGUGUAUACCGUCUGUGUAUGCGUGCACAAAUGCAUUCAUGUAUGUACGUAUGUAUGUACCUAUGUAUGUAUGUAUAUACGAAAAAAAAUAUGCGGGUAUAGUUAAAAAGUAUCCUUUAUAUCUGUAUAUGAACGAAAUGGCCAAACUCCAACAGCGUAUUGUAGCGGUCAUUAUAAGUUUAAAGCGAAUAUGUUGAGUUAUAGAACAUUUUACUACAAAUGAGUAUGUUGAAAAAUAAUAGUAUUUAUUGAAUUGAAA